AUGGAGAGAGAAGGAGAAGCAGAGUCUAAAAUGGCUGCAACGGUAAACAACACACACUCACUGAGCGUACUCAAGCCGCUGGUCAAGGGCUGCCUCACCGGAUGCUAUCAUACUUUCUUUGUACACUGCAAUCGAUCGAUAUUCCUUCAUCUCCACCACUUUGUUCACCGUCAUAGCGGGGAUUCACGCAGGCUGCCGCCGCUGCCUGAUCUGAGGAUGGCCGCCGCCAGGUCCACGCGGAUGAGCUUUAUUAGUGGAGUUACCCACACGCCCCUUUCACUUGGAUUGUUCGAGAUUUUCAGAAAUAAACUAGGAAUCACGAACCAUGGAAGGCCCCUAUCCCUCUAUCAAGAAGCUUGUUGCGGGCUCGCCUCUGGCUCAAUUGCUGCCUUGUUUGUCCAGCCUCUCCAUUUAGCAUCCAAGCAGAUCCCAGCAGAGAGUUAUACUCUUACAAACUUGUUUGCCAAGUUUCAUCACAUAGUUACACAUGAAGGGCCGCUGACCUUCUGGAGGGGCUCGGCCCUUUCUGUAAUCUCGCUGACAACAGCAAAUAUGGGGAUGCUGACAUCAUACAAACGGAGCCGAGACUAUCUGUUGGAGUCGAGAGGCCUCUCCAAAUGGAAAGCAGAACUAAGUGCAAGUAUCAUAUCUGGAUUCUCUGCAGCUGCUUGUAGCUAUCCAUGGAUGUACGUCCAGGGAAUCAAGAUUGCGGUGCAAAACAGACAUGCUGCUGGUGAUAAGCAUGCUUACAGAAAGAUUCCUCUUUUUCUUGCUCGAAUUCUCACUCCAAACAACGGCAUCAAAUUCUACGUCAGCUUCCUCAGUCAUUUUCGACGUUGGGCUGCGUUCUGCAUGUUGCAGUGGUGGAUAUAUGAGCGAAUCCACUUUGGGGAUGACAGUACAUGA